UCCCCUAAGGCUCCUAUCCCAUGGGGCUGGGAGGAGGUCCUGGGGGGAGGCAAUCCUAGUUCAGUCCUACAUCUGCCCUGGCCACUGGCCCCUGACACCAGCUCCCUGGGGGCCAUGCGCAGCCUUUACCCUCCUCCACCCUGCCCCCCUCCCCGGACGCAGGAUGUUGCAGUGUUGAGCAAGGCAGAGACAGAGCAGUUGGAAAGGCCUAGGAGUCAGGGCAGCCACUGGGGUGCAGACAUGGUCACAAAGGGGUGCCUCAGUGUUACCAUAUAUUUCCUCUUCAUCUUCAACAUCAUCUUCUUUCUCCUGGGCAGCCUUCUCUUUGGCUUUGGCCUCUGGAUCCUUUUUGAUGGGAGCAGCUUUGCAGCUGCGUUGGGCACCUCUAUCUAUGGGCUCAAGGUCUGGUCCUACAUACUGUCUGGAGUCGGCAUCAUCACUAUGUUCAUCGGCUUCCUCGGAUGCCUGGGUUCCCUCAAAGAGAUCAAGUGCAUGUUGGGAUUUUAUUUUGCAAUCCUCUUUCUCCUCUUUGUCACCCAAAUCACUAUCGGGAUCAUCGUAUAUGUGCAGCGUGACAUGCUCGGUACCAAGGUGGAGAACUAUGUCAAAAACCUGAUCAAGACAUACGGGGAAAGCAAAACCCGUGGGGACGGGCAUGAUAGCUGGGACUAUAUCCAGGAACAGCUGCAUUGCUGUGGCUGGGACUCCUACAUUGACUGGAAGCUGAAUGAGGAUGUACAAGCCAAUGCCUCCUCCAGCCUCUACCCAUGCUCCUGCAGCAACACGUCCACCCUGGGGCUCAACACCACCCAUUUGGAGAAUGGCUUCUGCUCCUUCCAGAAUGACUUGGGGCUCUUCAUGGAUGGCUGCUCCAGGAGCGUCAAGGCCUGGCUGGCCGAUAACAUCAUCACCAUCGUGGGCAUCUGCCUGGGCGUGGCACUCUUGGAGAGAUGUGCAUCUGGACUAUUAUCAAGGUCUGUCUCAUGUCGCUGUCGAUCUUUCUGUGUAGAAACAUGGACCAGAACUACGACAAGCUUGUCCGCUACUCUUAGGAGUACCCCAAGAUGGGAGCACCCCACAGCAUCCCCCACCCCCCAAACCAGGAUCAUCUGGACUGAGAUGACACCAGGCUCUCUCUGGGUCUGCUGGGGGCUGGUUCCCUGCUGUCCUCCCACCCUGAGUCUGAGCUGUGCUCACCCCUCAGGCAGUGGCUUGGGUUGCUGUUUCUUUCACCCUCAGGCAGUAGCUUAGGGUGCUGCCUAUAUGUAGAAUUGGGAAUGGGGGGCAGGGCAGGGUGGGUCUUGGCAGCAAAGGUGGGAGCUGGGGGGAUUUGGGGAGGCACUGACUGGUCUCCCCUGGUGGGGACAGUGAUUGGGGACUAAUGGGGGCAUUAAUGGGGUCUGAGUGGGGGAGACGGGGUGAAUUUCCCUUUUUCCCUCUCUCUUUCCCAGCACAGAGCAGGGGAGACCAUGAGGGGCUUGGAUUCUGCCCCUGGCAGGCCCUCCCAGCCAGAUCUGCCCCCAGAGGCCCUCACUUGUCCCCUCCUCAGGGGCAAAUUUCCAUUUCUAUUUUUGUAAAAGUCCCCUUGUAAAUAAAAUAAUUAAAUUAGGUCAGAACUCCCCAAAACGGGUCAAACGUGGGUGUCUGUAGGAGAUGCAAGGAUGAAAGGGUGGAAUCUCUGUCCCCCACUUCCCUCCCCCAUCACCUUCCAAUACACAGCAAGGCUUCACUGGUUCCUGCUAAGUGCUGACCCAGUCAGUGGUUCUCCCCUGUAUUGUGGUCCCCAUAGCUAAUGCUAGAUCUCACCCCUUGGGGGAGGAUUGAAAGGUGGGGAGUUGGGGGGUCCCACAGUGUGGGAGGAGACCAUGGGGGAGUUCCCAGUGGGCAGUCGCUGUAGUUGGGUGGUACAGUCCUCUGGGGUGUGGCCAGCAUGGUGUGUCCCUGCUCCCUGGACAGACAGACACAAGGAAGCAGAACAGUCUGGGAAAAUAAUUUUAUGCACUAUCAAAAAAUGUCCUCUGUUCACAAACAUGGGGGGUGGGGCUGGGUCCCCCAUGCACUGGGCAGCUGGCAGGGGAGGGGGUGAUGGGGGCAGAUGUUGCUGCCUCAUCCAUCAACCCAACUCCUGCAUGUGGGGGGAAAGGGGACUUUUGCCCUUAAAGGAGCAGUAUAAAUAUAUGGUACAAAAAUA